AUGAAAAUCCCUAGCGCCUACAUUGAAGUCAUGGUGUCGGCGAAGGAGUGCUGCGAUUUCCUCGUCCCGCGAAAGAAGGAGGUCACGUACACACUUGACAUCGAAAAUCCGGCCUGGGUCCCGCUGGGGGUCGGCGGCAUCAUGACCUACGUCUGGUAUGGCCUCCUUUCGAUCCCGUUUCUCGGCAACCUUCUCAGUUCGAUCUACACCUUCAUCCUCAGCGUUUUUGGGCUCAAACCGAAGGAGGCCGUUGGCUCGAGCCCGCCGCUCGACUACACGCUGCCGCUCUACUUUUUCCCCCUCUCCGACCAAGCCCUCCUCCUGGGAUUCCUUCCUCUUGGAUGGCUCUGGAUCGGCCUCAUCAAGAUCAGCUUCGGCGCCUUUGAGCCUAUCUACUCGCUCAUCCUCGGCCUCUGGUUUGGCGCGUGA